CUCAUUCAUGUAAAAAAGAACAAAAACAUGUGUUAAUAAGAAAAAAUAUAUACAACAUACCCAUGCAGUCAACUCGUGUGAUCCUUUAUCAUUAAAAAUUGAGCACAUAUUUUUUACUCUAGCAAGUGGCAGAAUUCUUCGGUCAAGCAGCAGCAUAAAAUUUACCAUGUUCAGCAACAAAUUAAAACAAGAAAAAUACGAAAUCAACUGAUCAAUCGCAGCCGUGUUAGCCAUAGCAUCAGCAACCCCAUCGAGUGGAAGAAAUGUGGGAAAUGACCUCAUGGAUGGCGGCAAUAAGCUUCAAGAAGAUGGUAAUUUGGUCCAUGACAAUGUUUUGGGACACUCUGAAACAUGGGAUAAGAAAAUUAGACAAAAGGGGAAGCAUAGGAAAGAUGAUAAUCUUAAGACCCUUUCUGAGCAGUUGAAUGAGGUCCCAAUGGAUAUUUUCCUUUACCCUCCCUCCCUCUCUCAUACUUUCUAUUGCUUCUCAAACGAGAAAGGGCAACUUAUUAUUUCAAAAGUUGAUCCAAAAGAUUCAACUGAUUUUCUUUUUGAUAUGAAACGAAUACGAGAUGGUAGUGAUGAUAAUUCACAAUUUAAGCGGCCAUUUGGUUCCUCCCAUAGAGAAUCCUAUGGGCAACCACUCCCUGGAGGAGGCAGUGGCAUCGGCAUCGGCAUAGGCGUCAGCGUCAAUGGUGGUGGAGCAGGAGGAGGAGGUACUGGUGGUGGCAGUACACAAAGGCUCACAACCAAUGAUGCACUAACAUAUUUGAAGGAAGUUAAGGACAUGUUUCACGAUCAGAGGGAGAAGUAUGAUAUGUUCCUUGAUGUAAUGAAAGAUUUUAAGGCGCAGAGGAUAGACACUACUAGAGUCAUAGCAAGGGUGAAAGAAUUAUUUAAAGGGCACAAUAAUCUUAUUUAUGGUUUUAAUACCUUCUUGCCAAAGGGUUAUGAAAUCACCCUGACUGAUGAUGAAGAAGCUCCUCCAAAGAGAAUUGAGUUUGAAGAGGCUAUAAGUUUUGUAAACAAGAUUAAGAAACGUUUCCAAAAUGAUGAUCAUGUGUACAAAUCAUUCCUCGACAUCCUGAACAUGUACCGAAAGGAGCACAAGGGCAUCACUGAAGUUGACAAAGAGGUUGCGGCACUUUUCGGUGACCAUCCAGAUUUGCUGGAGGAGUUCAAAAGAUUUUUGCCGGAUAGCUCAGCUACUGCAUCAGCACAACAUGUUCCCUUUGGCCGGCAUUCUUUUCAUCGCUAUGAUGAGAGGAGCUCUCCUAUGCUUUCACUACGGCAGCCACACAUGGAAAAGCAACCCUUCCAGAAGGACAGGAUUGUGGUUCCCCAUGCCGAACGGGAUCUAAGUGUUGAGCGUCCUGAUCUGGAUGAUGAUAAAACGAUGAUGAAAUUGCAGAAGGAGCAGAGGAGGCAUGCUGAAAAGGAGAACAAGGACAGGAGAAAUCGUGAUCAGGACUACAGAGUACCUGAGCAUGACAACAAUAGGGACAUCAGCAUACAUCAUAUUUCUGAUAAAAGGAAAUCUGUCCACAAAGUUGAAGACUAUGGAGUGAAUCCUAAUUUGGCCUCCUAUGAAGAUAAAGACACUUUGAAAAGUGAGUGA